AACGCCUACUUGUUCCUAGUCUCUCAGACGAAACACUACUCACUAUGGCGGAUUCUUGAAAGAGGAUAUACACAGUAAAAAAUUGGUUGUUUUCUCUCGAUUUUUGUUUGUCGUUGCGCACGAUGAGGGACAGACUACGGGCAUUACAGGCGGCUGCCCAGAAAACCGAGGAUUUUGCUAGUGAUGACGAUGAACACACAGUUCAAAUCGAUCAAAGUUUCAUGGACGUCUUUCAGAAAGAGGUGAACGAUAUUCGUAAUAGUAUUGAGGGCAUCAAACGAAAUAUCGACAAUGUGAAGAAAAAACACAGUUCUAUUCUUUCAGCGCCUGUUGUCGACGAUCGCGUCAAUUCAGAACUUGACAAUCUAAUGGGUGUGAUUAAAAAAGAUGCAAACAAUGUGAGGGCUAAGCUCAAGGCUAUGGAACAGAAAAUUCAUGAUGACAGGGAAAAUGCCCAAACAAGAAUCAAAGUUGGCCAGCAUGCAGCCUUGUCUCGAGAUUUUGCUGAUGUAAUGUCUAACUACAACACAAUUCAAGUUUCGUACAGAGAAAAGUGUAAAGAAAGGAUUCAGCGACAAUUGGAUAUAACUGGACAAUCAAAAAGUAGUGAAGAGGUUGAAGACAUGUUGGAAAAGAAAAAUAUUGCUUUGUUCACAUCAGGGAUUAUUAUUGAGACGCAGCAAGCAAGACAAGCUUUGGGCGACAUCGAGGCUCGACAUCAGGACAUAGUAAAUCUAGAGAAAAGCAUUCGGGAACUACAUGAAAUGUUUCUUGAUAUGGCGAUGCUAGUAGAAAGCCAGGGUGAAAUGAUAAAUAGAAUUGAACACAAUGUUGACAACGCUGCAGAUUAUAUUUCAUCGGCAAAAAAUGAAACUAAGAAAGCAGUAAAAUAUCAGAGUAAAGCUCGAAGGAAAAAAAUAAUUGUGGCAAUUCUUUGUGUGCUAUUGCUUAUCAUCAUCGGGGUGAUAAUUUACGUUUCUGUGUGAACUAGAUGACCUGUGGUAACAUGUCAGCCGAUUGCUUGUAUGAAGCCAUUGCCAUGCUAAAAGUAUCAUAUUUUUAUGUGUAGUUGAAAAUUUUAGUAUUAACAUGAUUUUCACUUUAUCAAGAAAGUUGGGUAGAUAUAUAUACAUGAUUUCUUUUGGAAAAUGCUAGUUGGCCACAAGCAACAAAAGUAUUGUUUUCUUUGAGUGAGAGGAAGGACUUUGCACUUGCCAAAGAGACUUCAAUACUAGUAUUUAUGAAUUAGACAAAAAUCCAGUCAAUCACUACUGAGUUAUAAAAUUUGCAUACAUUCUUGUUGAAUGCUACAUAUCAUCAAACAAGGUCAAAAUAAUUUGUUCUAUAAUUACAAUUUACAUACAUGUAUUUAUAUAACAUUGAUUCAAGAAAAUAUCAGUUUUGAAUCAUA